AUGGUCACAGGGGUUACUGGAAUGGCUGGCUGGGGAUUUUAUGGGGUUUUGAUGGGGUUACUAAAGCUCAGCGCUUCUUGCCCUACAUCUUGUUCUUGUAAUACCUCCAGGAUAUUUUGUAUCGAUCAAGAGCCAGGCAUUGAGGAUUUUCCUAUCUUGCUACCAGAAAGCGACAUGGAAAACAUCACCGACAUAUAUAUUGCAAAUCAAAACAGAUUAUUUACACUCACAGAGGACAGCAUUAAGUUUUACACAAAUCUCAAGAAUUUAACAGCCAUCAAUACACAACUGACAUCUGUAUCAUCAACAGCCUUUGUCAACAAUGCCAAACUUCAGUAUUUGGAUCUUAGAGACAACAAACUGUCAACACUGUCAUGGACAGCAAUUCGCAAUUCAAAUGUAUCUACUUUGCUUUUGGCCGGAAAUCCACUUCAGUGUACAUGCGAAAACAUGUGGAUCAAGGCAUGGCUGGAAGAGAGUGAGCGAGAUCAAUUACAGUGCCUGCUGGAUGGAGGGAGGCUGAGAACCCUCUCCAAACUUACUGUACCCUCAUGUGAGUAUCCACGGGUAGAAGUUGACCCUCCUAUCAUUAAACAAAUGGCAGGAAGUGAUGCAAUGGUGGCCUGCAGUGCUUAUGGAUCUCCAGCUCCUGUGCUUUUCUGGAAUCUUAACUCCAAUGACCAUCCUCCACUUACAACAGGCCAUGAGAUGAACAUAUCAGACUUGCAGUCCAUCUUGACACUGAGAGACCUUUCCCCCAGUGACAAUGGUCGAGAGAUUAUAUGCAGUGCUGAGAAUAUUGUGGGCCAGAAUGAAUCCUCUGUCAUCCUUAAUAUCCUCUUUCCCCCAACCAUCCUGCAGUUAGAUGAGCCAAAGCGCAACCAGGAUUGGUGCAUUCCGUUCAGUGUGACAGGCAACCCUGAACCUAAGCUGCAGUGGUACCACCAAGGCCAACCAUUGAAAGAGCGGGACUACAUCAAGACAAAGAUCCAUGAAUCAACAGAGAAUGAGUACCUUGGCUGCCUGCAGUUGGAUAUACCCACACACAUUCACAAUGGAAUAUACACGCUAGUGGCCACCAAUGAGUAUGGUGAGGACCAGAGGAACAUUACUGCACACUUUAUGCACAUCCCUGAUGUGGAGCCCUCAGAUGGAUUCUACUAUGACACUACUGACAUUCCAGAAACCUCAGGAGUUCAGGAGAGCAAGGUUGCUGUAUAUGCUGUGGUGGGGAUAGCUGGAGUUGCACUGACUGGGUGCAUACUAAUGCUGAUCUUCCUCAAGUAUGGCAGAAACUCAAAAUUUGGGUUGAAGGGUUCAUCCUCAGUAAUCAGCAAUGAUGACGACUCUGCCAGCCCACUCCACCAUGUCUCCAAUGGCAACAACACUCCGUCAUCCUCUGAGAUGGGCCCAGAUGCUGUCAUUAUUGGCAUGACCAAGAUCCCAGUCAUUGAGAACCCGCAGUACUUCCGCAACCCUGGCAGUGUGCUGAAAUCUGACACUUUUGUGCAACACAUCAAACGUCACAACAUAGUCCUGAAGCGAGAACUGGGAGAGGGCGCUUUCGGGAAAGUGUUCCUUGCUGAAUGCUACAAUUUGUCACCAGACCAGGAAAAGAUUUUGGUUGCUGUCAAGACUUUAAAAGAGGCAAGUGAGAGUGGACGGGCUGACUUCCAUCGAGAGGCAGAGCUACUAACUAAUCUUCAGCAUGAGCAUAUUGUUACCUUCUAUGGUGUGUGUGUCGAGAGCGAUCCCCUUAUCAUGGUGUUCGAGUACAUGAAGCAUGGAGACCUCAAUAAGUUCCUCAGGGCUCAUGGGCCAGAUGCAGUGUUAAUGGCAGACGGGCAGCAGAGUUUACUGGUGGAGCUGACUCAGUCACAGAUGCUACAUAUUGCUCAGCAGAUCGCUGCUGGCAUGGUGUAUCUGGCCUCACAGCACUUUGUUCACAGAGAUUUGGCCACCCGCAACUGCCUGGUGGGAGAGAAUCUGCUUGUUAAAAUAGGGGACUUUGGAAUGUCCAGAGAUGUGUACAGCACAGAUUAUUAUCGAGUGGGUGGUCACACUAUGCUGCCUAUUCGUUGGAUGCCUCCAGAAAGCAUCAUGUACCGACGGUUCACCACAGAAAGUGAUGUCUGGAGUUUGGGUGUCGUCCUGUGGGAGAUCUUCACAUAUGGCAAGCAGCCUUGGUACCAGCUCUCGAAUAAUGAGGUAAUUGAGUGCAUCACACAGGGAAGGGUACUGCAGAGGCCUCGUACCUGUCCCAAAGAAGUUUAUGACCUGAUGCUGGGCUGCUGGCAGCGUGAACCCUACAUGAGAAUCAACAUCAAAGAAAUUCACAAUCUGCUUCAAAGCCUGGCUAAGGCCUCACCUGUAUAUCUGGACAUCCUGGGCUGACCAUCCUGGGUGUGUUGUGUUGUGUGUGUGUGUGUAACACAUUGGGCUUAUGUGAUCUGAGACUGAAGGCCUUAAAGUUUAUUUAUUUCUGUAAAUUCCUUUCUCGAAGACAUCCAUAACAGCCCUGCAGCAAACUUUUUGGAUACCGGUGGCAAACAAAGAGGUUAAGACUGAUUGAUGUGAAAACUUUUUUGAGUGUGGACAGCAAAACUUGGAGGCUUUUUUAUAUCACAGUAACUAGUGGCAAGUUU